CUCCCCCCCCAGGCCCAGGUCCGGGCCUUCACCCGCUGCGUCCUGGAGCUGCUGGAGCUGUGGGGGAGGGGCUCGCUGCGGGCCCUGGAGGUGGUGCCCGUGCUGAGGGCCCUGCCCCACCCGGGGCUGCGGAAGCUUCUGGAGCUCGUGGAGCUGCGGGAUGCAUUCGUGGAGGCCCAGAUCCGGAAGCACGAGGAGUGCCCAUCCCCCCCCCGGGACACGGUGCUGGGGGCCCUGCGGGACCCCUCGCGGCCGGGCCCCCCCCUGAGCGCCCCCCGCCUGCACAUGGCGCUCGUGGACCUCUUCAUCGGCGGCACCGAGACCACGGCGGCCGCCCUGGCCUGGGCCAUCGCCUUCCUGCUGCACCGGCCCGAGGUACCGGCAACCGGGGCCAUCCGUGUCCUUCUGUGUCCAUCUGUGCCCCAUCCGUGUCCAUCCGUGUCCAUCCAUGUCCCAUCCGUGUCCAUCCGUGUCCAUCCGUGUUCCAUCAGUGGCCAUCCAUGUCCAUCCGUGUCCAUCCGUGUCCCAUCCGUGUCCAUCCGUGUCCAUCUGUGUCCAUCCGGGGCCAUCCGUGUCCAUCCGUGUUCCAUCAGUGGCCAUCCAUGUCCAUCCGUGUCCAUCCAUGUCCAUCCGUGUCCAUCCGUGUCCAUCCGUGUUCCAUCAGUGGCCAUCCAUGUCCAUCCGUGUCCAUCCGUGUCCCAUCCAUGUCGUGUCCAUCCGUGUCCAUCCGUGUCCAUCCGUGUCCAUCUGUGUCCAUCUGUGUCCAUCCGUGUCCCAUCCGUGUCCUUCUGUGUCCAUCCGGGGCCAUCCGUGUCCAUCCGUUCCAUGUCCAUGUCCAUCCGUCCAUGUCCAUCCGUGUCCAUGCCCAUCCAU